AUGGUUUGUGGUUCAGGACUCCAUGCUUUGUUUGUCUCCAAGCCUCAACGGUUUCUCCGAGCGAGCAAUGAAGCAUCGAAAUCAAAACUCGCCAAAGCUAGCAGCCACGAAGGAUCGAAAUCAAAACUCGCCAGGUCCAUGGCGCGCGCUGUCAACUCGAAGCCGUGGUCAGAGGAAGUGGAGUCCUCACUCUCAUCUCUCCUUCAUCCGCCUGAGUCCCUGUCCAGAACCGCGGUACUCCAAACCCUUCGUCUCGUCAAGGACCCAUCCGAUGGUCUUCGCUUCUUCGACUGGGUUUCCAGCAAGGGCUUCUCUCACAGAGAGCACUCCUUCUUCCUCAUGUUAGAGUUCCUUGGCCGAGCUCGCAAUCUCAACGUCGCCCGGAAUUUCCUCUUCUCCAUCGAGAGAAGGUCCAACGGCUGCGUCAAGCUCGGGGAUCGCUACUUCAACAGCUUGAUCAGGAGCUUCGGAAACGCUGGGCUGUUCCAGGAAUCAGUGAAGCUGUUCGAGGCCAUGAAGAAGAUGGGCGUCUCGCCUUCCGUUGUGACAUUCAACUCUCUCCUCUCGAUUCUGCUAAAGCGUGGCAAGACUGGCAUGGCCCAUGACCUGUUCGACGAAAUGCGCCGCACCUACGGGGUCACCCCGGAUUCUUACACUUUCAAUAUAUUGAUUGGCGGCUUCUGUAAGAACUCCAGGGUUGAUGAAGCCUUUAGGAUCUUUAAGGAUAUGGAGGCUUAUCACUGCAGUCCUGACCUUGUUACAUAUAACACAAUCAUGGAUGGGUUAUGCAGAGCCGGCAAAGUGAAGAUUGCCCACAAUGUCAUGAACGGAAUGAUGAAGAAAGCGUCUGACGUGCAUCCCAACAUUGUCAGUUACACCACUCUCGUGAGAGGCUAUUGUAUGAAGCAGCAAAUUGAUGAGGCGUUGCUUGUCUUUCACGCCAUGUCGACUAGAGGCCUCAAACCCAACGCUGUAACUUACAAUACUCUCAUUAAGGGCCUCUCGGAGGCUCACAGGUAUGAUGAGAUCAAAGACAUUUUCAGUGGAGGGGAUGCAUUCACCGCUUUUGCUCCAGAUGCCUGCACUUUUAAUAUUCUCAUCAAAGCCCACUGCGAUGCUGGGCAUCCAGAGGCAGCCAUGAAGGUGUUCCAAGAAAUGCUCAAUGUGAACUUGCCUCCUGAUUCAGCUUCAUUUAGUGUUUUGAUUCGUGCUUUUUGCUUGAGAAGCGAGUUUGAUAGAGCCGAGACGCUCUUCAAUGAGUUGUUCGAGAAGAAAGUUUUGCUAGGCAAGGAUGGAUGCAAGCCUCUUGCUGCAGCUUAUAACCCAAUGUUCGAAUACUUAUGUGCCAAUGGGAAAACGAAACAAGCUGAGAAUGUUUUUAGGCAGCUGAUGAAAAGAGGAGCGCAAGAUCCACCCUCUUACACAACUUUGAUCACGGGUCACUGCAGAGAAGGUCGAUUCAAGGCUGCUUACGAGCUAUUGGUUCUAAUGCUGAGGCGGGAAUUUGUGCCUCAUCUUGAAACCUACGAGUUGUUGAUUCGUGGGCUAUUGAAGAUAGGUGAAGCUCUUCUUGCUCACGAUACCCUACAAAGGAUGCUUAGGAGCUCUUAUCUUCCGGCUGCAACCCUUUUCCAUUCUCUACUUGCACAACUUGUGAAAAGUAAAUUUGGUAACGAGUCUUUCGGCUGCAUAAGGCUAAUGUUGGAAAAACGGAUAAGACAGAACAUUGAGCUUUCAACGCAUGCUGUCAGAUUGCUUUUUAGCAGUGGUCAGAAGGAGCAGGCAUUUCUGACUGUUACGUUGCUUUAUGAUAACGGGUAUAUGGUUAAGAUGGAUGAGUUAUUUGAUUUCCUCUGCGAGAAAGGAAAACUACUUGAUGCGCACAGACUUGUGCUGUUUUGUCUGGAAAAGAGUCAAAUGGUAGAUACAGGCACAUGCAACACAGUCAUAGAAGGACUCUGUAACCUUAAGAGACACUCUGAAGCGUUUAGUUUGUACAAUGAAUUGGUAGAAGCAGGAAACCACCAUCAGCUUAGCUGCCAUAUGGUUUUGAGAAAUGCCUUAGAGGUUGCUGGAAAGUUGGAAGAAGUUGAGUUUGUGUCAAAGAGGAUGGCUACACUGAGAAAGUCAGAUGAUUAG